CCUUCUUCCUAUUGCCUCCGCCUGCAGCGCCGUCACACAACGCCGCCUCCCGUCGCCAUGGACACUCCACCUUCAACCUCCGCCUCCUCCUCGCCGGCUGCAUCCAGCCCCCGUACUGACCCCGACUAUGCCCUUGUCUCUUCCGUGGCGGACGCGCUCGUCUCCGCCUCCCGCCUUUCCUCGCCGCCGCCCAUGGACACCGUCCUGGCCCCGUACCUCCCGCGCCUCACCGCCUCGCACCACCCGCGCGUGCUCUCCCUUGCCGCCGCCAACCCGUCGCUCGCCUCGCCGCACACUCUCCUCGCCUACCGCCGCCUCGUCUCGCCUCAUUCCUGCCUUUCCUCCCUCCUUCCGCUCCUCCCCGUGCUCCCCUACCGCGACCUCCUCCCGCUCCUCCUCGACUUCGUUCCGCUCGACCCGCUGUGCCGCCUCCACCGCCAUCUCCUCUCGAGUCUCCCCACGAGCGCGCUCGCCGACGCCGCGCUCUCCGCGUACGCCCGCCUCCGCCGCCCCCACCUCGCCGCGCAGCUCCUCCACUCCCUCCGUCGCCGCGGACGCGUCCGCCCCUCCCUCCAGGCAGCUAACGCCGUCCUCUCCGCCCUCGCGCGCAGCCCCUCCACCUCGCCGCAGGCCUCUCUGGACGCAUUCCGCUCCCUAAUCGGUUUGCGGCUCCACCCCAACCAUUACACCUUCAACCUCCUGGUCCACACCCACUGCUCCAAGGGCACCCUCGCCGACGCCCUCUCCACGCUCUCCACUAUGCAGGGGUUUGGACUCUCCCCCGACGCUGUCACCUACAACACGCUUCUCAACGCGCACUGUCGCAAGGGCAUGCUCGGCGAGGCGCGGGCGCUGCUAGCCAGGAUGAAGAAGGAUGGGAUCGCGCCCACCAGGCCCACGUAUAAUACCCUCGUCUCGGCGUAUGCGAGGCUCGGGUGGAUGAAACAGGCGACCAAGGUCGUGGAGGCCAUGACAGCGUUCGGGUUCGAGCCUGACCUGUGGACGUACAAUGUGCUUGCAGCAGGGCUCUGCCAGGCAGGGAAGGUUGGCGAGGCAUUUAGGCUGAAGGAUGAGAUGGAGCGGCUCGGCAUAGUAUCACCUGAUGUAGUCACCUACAAUACGCUUCUUGAUGCGUGCUUUAAGUGGCAGUGCCCUUCAGAUGCGCUGAAUCUGCUCGAGGAAAUGCGUGACAAAGGGGUGAAAGCAAGUUUGGUCACACAUAACAUUGUUGUGAAGGGGCUCUGCAGGGAGGGACAAUUGGAAGAGGCGUUAAGGCGCCUCAAAAUGAUGGAAGAGGAGGGGUUGGCACCAGAUGUGAUUACAUACAAUACAUUGAUUGAUGCAUAUUGCAAAGCCGGCAAUGUUGCCAAAGCAUUCAUGUUGAUGGAUGAGAUGGUGAGAAGGGGACUCAAAAUGGACACUUUCACCCUGAACACUUUACUAUUUAACCUAUGCAAAGAGAAGCGUUAUGAAGAGGCUGAGGAGCUCUUACGUUCACCACCACAGAGGGGUUUUGUACCUGAUGAAGUCAGCUAUGGUACAGUGAUGGCAACCUACUUUAAGGAGUAUAAUCCAGAGCCUGCUCUGCGUCUGUGGGAUGAAAUGGUCGAAAGGAAGUUAACACCUAGUGUUUUUACUUACAACACAUUGAUCAAAGGGCUUUCCAGAAUGGGGAGGUUGAAAGAGGCCGUUGAUAAAUUGAAUGAGCUGAUGGAGAAGGGGUUGGUGCCAGAUGACACCACCUACAAUAUCAUCAUUCAUGCCUAUUGUAAGGAGGGGGACUUGGAGAAUGCUUUCCAGUUCCACAACAAGAUGGUGGAGAACUCUUUUAAGCCAGAUGUUGUUACCUGCAACACUUUGAUGAAUGGACUUUGUCAGUAUGGCAAGCUUGACAAAGCAUUGAAGCUUUUCGAGUCAUGGGUAGAGAAAGGGAAGAAGGUUGAUGUCAUCACAUAUAACACCUUAAUUCAAGCUUUGUGCAAAGAUGGCAAUGUUGAUAUGGCUUUGCAUUUCUUUGCUGGCAUGGAGGCCAGAGGCUUGCAGCCUGAUGCAUUUACUUACAAUGUUGUGUUGUCUGCACUGUCUGAGGCAGAGCGAUCAGAGGAAGCACAGAAUAUGCUGCAUAAAUUAGAGGAGAGUGGAAAAUUAUCUGAAAAAUAUUCUUAUCCUCUAAUGAAUGAGACAGGGAAGAACCCAGAGCUUAAAUGUGACAUUGAGAUUGGUGGAAAUGCACAAGGUGAUGAUCAGGAGAACUAUAACAAACGUGUGAAUGAGCUCUGCAUUGGAGGGCAACUGAAAGAAGCUAAGGCUGUUUUGGAUGAGAUGAUGCAAAAGGGCAUGUCCGUUGACAGUUCGACUUAUAUCACUUUGAUGGAAGGCCUUAUCAAAAGGCAAAAGAGGCAAACACAUGCAGCUGGAUAGUAGAUGUGGGUUUUGCUGCUUUGAGAUGUGACAAUGUCCAUGCUUUUGCCAUGACUUCCUCAAAUGGUCAUAAGCUGACUAGGUAUACUCUCUAGUCCAUGGAAUAUAUUAAAUUCAAGAAUAUCAGUAGCAAGAAUUUGAAAUUUUUUAAUUUUCGGGUUCCUGGUAAAUUUCUCUCUCCUGGAACACAAAAUAGAUAGAAAGAUAGAGCAACCGUUAACUACGUGCAAGCACCAGAUCAUAACAAAUCUUGUUAUUUCCUGGAAAGUGAAGAAUCUUACUAGAUUAUUUGUAGACAAAUUUAGAAAGAGCUGAGCUUUAUGCUUUAUUAGCCUUGUGGAUGAUUCUUAAUACUGUUGCCAGCGUUUGUUACUGGAAAAUCCUGGUUCUGGUUUUCAGAGCUCUGCCUGAUUUGUCCUCAUACCUCUGUCGACUACCAGCCAGUGCAAUCAAGUACAUUUGAAAAUAUGUGUAUUUCGACUUCAAACUCAUGUCCUGAAAUUUUGAAUCGGAAUUUCAUGGAAAAGAAAAGAUAGGCAACCAAAUUACUGAGUGAAAUAUAGUUGCUGACCAAGAAAAAGUGAGAUCUCGACGUUUUCGGAAUCCUGAUCAGGUCUUUACUUGGGAUACUAUUUUCUGGAACAGUUCUUUCUGUCUUAUUAUGACAUGGUAGAUAACAUUAACUCAUAUUAAAUUGUGGUCCUUCUUUAACUUUAAGAAUUCCUCUCCUCCUGAUGAACCUGUCAAGACUGAGUUACUGUUAAUAUACUUUGCGCUGUAUAUCUUUGCUAGAAUUUAGCAUGCUCAUCAAUAUACAUUAAACACUUUCUUCACAUACUUCUUAGUAACAUCCAGGAUCAUUUUAAAUCAGUUAGGUAUGUUAUUUUUACCAGUUUUCCUUUCUGCUAUUAGUGAAAUCAGAGGGUGAUGCCAACCUUUCUAACAAGAGAAAAUGAAGAUCAUUCUGAACAGGUCCAGUUGGUGCAAACAGAGCAUCAAAUAGAUGAGAAACUAUUGUUUUUCUCUAACGUGCAGGAGAACUGUGCAUCAAUAUAUUAAGCAGAAAAAAGGGAAAAGAAACCCUGGAGUGUUACAGAAUUAAGGGAGAAACUAUUGUUAUUUGGACCAAUUGGGUAUGUUGUUUGUUGCUCUCAUUCCUGUUCAAACUUUCAUUAACCUUCACUUUGUCUGUUCUUUUAUGAAAAAUUGCUUACUAGUUGUACUAUAGUUAUUGCCAUGAUUCAAGGCAUGGGACAUGCAGUUCUUUUCUAUUUUCUUUUGAGAUUGAGACAUACAAUUCUUUUUACCAAGAGAUAUUAACUGCACUAUCCACUUGUUUCGUACUUUUGUGAGAACAUAGACAAUGUUGCUGCGCGUUUGACCCUGAUAUUGUUUGUGGAUUCAACAUCAUAGAUAACUAUUUUGUUUAUCUUAAAACAAUGUAUAUUUCAUCCUUUCUUUUUUUAGGAAAAAAAUAUGUUGCUCUUUGCAUUUAUUUUAAAUUGCGCAUAUGUAUUGCCUUUUUCAAUUUAAUUAAUAUCAUUCUCCACUUAUCUUAAGCAUAGCACUACACAACCAAAGUUUCACGAGUUCAUAAUUUAUAUGCAUAAUACUUAAAAGAAAAGACCACACUUAGCUCAUGAUGGAUCUUUGUUUAUUCUCCGCAGCUGGCAAUUUGAUUGAAAUAUGGGGAAUGAUUUUCAUAGAAGCUUUGUGGCAAGCAUACUACUGCCUUAAUCUUGCUUCCAUCAUUGCAGGAUGGUUGCAUUAGUGGGCCAUUCAUUGUUUCGGUUGAGGUGUGCGUGUGCCCCUUUUUGGCCCGUGUUGUAAACUUUGAACAAUCUAUUUCUUCUAAAUGCAAUGAUAUUCAGCUCUCCUGCGUAUUCUUGAAAAAAAGUGGGCCAUUCAUUACCCAUUUAGAUAAGAUAAAGCUUUUGAUACCCUUUGGGCCUGCCCUUGCUGUAUGAAAUACUGCUUUAGGUGCUCAUAGGUUGCUGAUUCUUUGUGAUUAGAGAGUGACUUGGAAUUUUGAAGUUAUUUUGUUUGUUGUCGAUGGACAAUUUUGCAACAUCAAUCUUACAGUAGAGAAUUAAAUAUUCAAUCUGACUAUUUAUUGUCAUUCUUUGGUUUCAUUGACUUAGUUUGGCAUAAACAGUGUUGGUGCUUAGCUCCCUCUAUGGUACUGCCGCUCGUGAGAUAGGUUGCCUGGCACUUAGGCAAAUCAUAAAACAUUUUGUAAAGACUCUUCACCGAACUUGGGCUAAUAAGUAUGUUGAAAUUGUGAAUGUGAUUGCAAUUUCAAUUUUUCGUAGUUUCAUUGGCCCCAAUUUGUAUUACCACACAUAAACUAGCGCUUCAAUGUGCCAAACCCAUCGGCGGUUGUCUGCAAUAGCAAUAUGUGCAGAAUCAGUUUAAACCUGUUGUUUCUCUACCUGCCAAAUUUCAGUCUGCAACCAGCCGUUCUGAUGUUGCAUCUUGUUACUACAUCAUAUAAAAGUGUCUUGUUGCAAGCAUGAGAAGUAGAACCUGCUUAAAAUUCCAUGCAAAUGGAACUACUAGUAGCUGCAGCACGAAUAAACACGCCUGGUAAACUGUGCAAGUGCCUCCAUACAGUACAAACGCAAAACUGAAGAAGGGAGUCAAGCAUAGGACACUGCCGUCUCCAUCCCAGCGCCGGCCCAGCCUGUUGCUCCUGCUCGAUCAUGCAAAGGGAAGCUUCCUGCUGUAAGCUCCUGCUCGUCCCCUACUCUCCUGUACGUUCCGUUGGUUGCGCCUUGCUGGCUGCUUCCCGGCUGAAGAUCAUCGUGACAUCUCAGUAUUUCAAUUCUGUCAACCAAUGAACCCAUGGCGAGUGGCACCUUGGUGAUGAACCGGCCAUGAAUAUUAGUAGUCGAGUUUAAAUUCUUUAGAGAAGCAGUGGUUGUAAUGUCACUUCGAACUUGGACUAUAUGGACGCCAUUUGAGGUAGGUGUGGUCAUCUUUAAUUUGUUAAUCAUGGAAAAUGGUCAUCCUGUUUAUGUUGCAUAUUGCAAUUACACUGUAAAAAGAUAUUGUUUAAGGCUUAAGAGUACUUACAUGUGGUGCUUAGUAGGAGCACUUUAGCUUUUGUGCUCCA